CAAAUCUUUCUUUAAACCCAGAAAAAUAAAAAAGUGGCCAAGGAAAGAAAAGAAGUCUAUAAAAUCCCCCGUCCGGGUCCCAACUCUCCACUCCAAACGCCUCUUCUGCCCAAGAAUGGCGGCCCAAUUUAGCACCUCCGCGCACGCCAACAUGCGCGGCCCCCGGUUCCCUGCCCCGUGGAGCACCCGAAGGCGUCGGUGCUCCGCCCACCGGACCCACUCCUCCGACAAUGGCGACUCCUACCUCCACAUGUGGAGGAAGGCCGUCGACCGCGAACGGAAGUCCCAGGAGUUCCGCCGGAUCACCGAAAACGCCGCUGAAGGCCCCUGGGGGGGGCUCGCCGGCGGCGAUGGCGAUGGCGAGGGCGAGGACUCGCUGGAGCGGAAGACGGAGCGGUUCGAGAAGAUCCUGAACGUCCCCAAGGAGGAGCGGGACCGUAUCCAAAGGCUGCAGAUCAUCGACCGCGCCGCUGCCGCGAUCGCCGCCGCACGCGCCCUCCUCCAGGAGUCCCCUCCGCCUGCCAGGCCACCGGCCGCCGCCGGUUCGCUAUCGGACGGCUUGGAUCGACCCGAAGUACCGGACGCCGCCUCGGGAGUAGCUCCGGGACGGCAAGGAUUGCAAGGUGGAAAUUCAACUCUGUAUCAACCAGAAACUUCAAGGCAUGGAACACCUGGUCCAGAUUUUUGGUCAUGGUCACCUCCCCCAGAUAGUAAAAGCAGACCAAAUGAUGAUGUCACUAGCUCGAUGCCAGUGCAGAUUAAUUCAUUUCCAAAUCCAUCUGGUUCAUUGAUCGAAAAAGAGCAUUCUGUAAAUUCUUUAGCCAUCCCUUUCGAGAGUACCUUAUUUGAAAGCACACAUAAUGCCCCUCUUCCUCCUCUUCAGUCACUUGUGGAGUUUGAAAAAGUGGGUCAAGAAUCUGCUUCAGAUAUGUCUACUGCAGCUGAGGAAAGUAACCUUGAUGUGCUAUUCUCCAAGCAUGCAGCUGAGGCUGCUGAAAUCCUCGGUAAGAGAAACAAAGCAUCAUCACAUGGAAUGAAUCCAGAUGGUUCAAAGUGGUGGAGAGAGACAGAUACAGAGCAAAGACCCGAUGGGGUGAUCUGCAAAUGGACAUUAACUCGAGGGGUCAGUGCUGAUGGAACGGUUGAGUGGGAAGAUAAGUUUUGGGAGGCGGCUGAUCAGUUUGAUUACAAAGAGCUAGGUUCAGAGAAAUCGGGCCGUGAUGCAAAUGGAAAUGUUUGGCGUGAGUAUUGGAAGGAAUCAAUGUGGCAGGACCUCAGUAGUGGGCUUGUGCAUAUUGAGAAGACUGCAGACAAGUGGGGAAAUAAUGGCAAGGGUGAUGAAUGGCAAGAAAAAUGGUGGGAACAUUAUGAUGCUUCUGGCCAAUCUGAGAAGUGGGCCCACAAGUGGUGUUGCAUAGACCCAAACACACCGUUGGAGGCUGGGCAUGCUCAUGUUUGGCAUGAGAGGUGGGGUGAGAAGUAUGACGGGAAAGGCAGUACAAUGAAGUACACCGACAAAUGGGCUGAGCGGUCAGAAGGUGAUGGGUGGUCAAAAUGGGGGGACAAGUGGGAUGAGCACUUCGAUUCGAAUGGGCAUGGAGUGAAGCAGGGUGAGACCUGGUGGGAAGGGCAGUAUGGUGAGCGGUGGAAUCGCACGUGGGGAGAGCAACACAAUGGGUCUGGGUGGGUGCACAAGUAUGGCAAAAGCAGCAGCGGGGAGCACUGGGACACUCAUGUGCGAGAAGAAACAUGGUAUGAGAGGGAUCCACAUUAUGGCUUUGAGCACUGCUUUGAAAAUUCUGUGCAGCUCCGAGCAGUUCGGAAGCCUUCUGAAACAUUGUAAACCACAAAUCUUUCCACAGCCAUCAAAUUGGCCAAAAUAUUCAAGCUUUUGUCCUUAGUCAAGUUUACCACCUUUGUCAGCAAAUGAUGUGUGUUUUGUACAUCUUGAUAAAUCCUGCAACAGAUCCAGAGCUCUCAUUGAUUAGAGUAUUUCUUUACCUAAUCAAUAGGAUGAAGCUUGUUCUUGUUCAUCUGAAUCACAGAAUUUGGCUUUAUGCCUAGUCCAACUAUAUGUACACGGAGUAUGCAUCUUUCCUUGAAUUCUCCAACUCAGUACAUGUAUGUCUCAUUUUUUUUCAAAUAUGAAUUGCAUAAUUCUUUGUGAGCAAGUGUAUUUUAGUUAUGGUUAAUCUUUGACAGAA